AGCGCGCACCGCAAACCCACUCAAACUCCUGCCGUUCCGCCCGCGUACAUUUCUCGGGAACUUGAGUUCCAAGAGUGGGCGCCCAGGCCCCGCCCCCGCUGCGAGCCAGGGCUCGGAUUGGCGGAGCCGUAUCGAGGGGCGUGUCGGGGAGAGUUGGAACGCAGUGGCUUGGGCGGCGGAGUUUGGCCCCCGCCGACCAGCGGAACGCGGUGGCUGAGUGUGGUCUGGUCGGCUGGCUGCAGGCGGGGCGCGGGGCGCACGGGGCCCCGGCCGAGGAGCCGAGUGCCGGAAGAUGGUUGACUACCUGGCGAACACCGAGAUCAACAGCCAGCGCAUCGCAGCCGUUGAGAGCUGCUUCGGGGCAUCAGGGCAGCCGCUGGCCCUGCCGGGCCGGGUGCUGCUGGGCGAGGGCGUGCUGACCAAGGAGUGCCGAAAGAAGGCCAAACCGCGCAUCUUCUUCCUCUUCAACGACAUCCUGGUGUACGGCAGCAUCGUGCUCAACAAGCGCAAGUACCGCAGCCAGCACAUCAUUCCGCUGGAGGAGGUGACGCUGGAGCCGCUGCCCGAGACCUUGCAGGCCAAGAACCGCUGGAUGAUCAAGACGGCCAAGAAGUCCUUCGUGGUAUCGGCCGCCUCGGCCACGGAGCGCCAGGAGUGGAUCAGCCACAUCGAGGAGUGCGUGCGGCGGCAGCUGCUGGCCACCGGGCUCCAGCCCAGCACGGAGCACGCGGCACCCUGGAUCCCGGACAAGGCCACAGACAUCUGCAUGCGCUGCACGCAGACGCGCUUCUCGGCGCUCACGCGGCGCCACCACUGCCGCAAGUGCGGCUUCGUGGUCUGCGCCGAGUGCUCCCGCGAGCGCUUCCUCCUGCCGCGCCUCUCGCCCAAGCCCCUGCGCGUCUGCAGCCUCUGCUUCCGGGAGCUGGCCGCCCAGAAGCAGAAAGAGGAGGAGGAGGAAGAGGAGGAGGAGGAGCAGGGCCCCCGGGUCCCCGGGCAGCCGGCCUACCUGGCCGGGGCCGUCUGUGGAGCAUCCAGUGGAGACGACGAUGACUCAGAUGAGGACAGGGAGGGCGGGGAUGGCGACUGGCCCAGCCGCGUGGAGUUCUACGCCGGGGGUGUCUCCUGGUCAUCCUUCCACAGCUGACCCCAGGUCUGCAGACCCGAGCGAGGCUUACCCCCCGCCCCCAGCAUGCAAGAAGUUGCCACUGCCCAGGUCCCUAAGAGGGCAGAGUUCCCCAAGCUGCCCAUCGCCUUGCAGGACCUUACCCUACAGGUGGUGGGCACAGUGGAAGUGGCUCCUUUUCUCUGAACACCCCCCACCAUUUUCUCUGAACAGAUGCCAUUUUCAGCCCUAUGAGCUUCAGCUCCAAAUGACCCCUUGAAUCUGAUGACCCCUAACCCCCCCCCCCGGCCCCCCUACCUUUAAGGACAGAGAAGGAAGGACUGGAGUGAGGUCCCCUCUUCUCUAAGGCCUGGAACCACAGCCCCUGGCCCCGGGACCCUGCGGGGAAGACGGGGUCCUGAGAGGCCUUGAGGAAACCAGCGCCUGCCCACCUACCUUGCCAAUGCACACCUGCUGGGCUGGCUGGGCCUUGUCAGGCCAGGCAUGUGGGCUCACCCAGAGCGAGGCACGAGACCCUCAUGCAGUGGUUGCCUGCCAGGCCCAGGCACUGCAGUUGAGCUCCCCAGGGUCCAGGGUGGCCUACCGAGGCCUCUGGCCCCGUGUCACCUCUCUCCAGGUGUCUGAUGCCUUUCAGUCCUGCCCUUAUCUCUCCCUGGGCUGAGGAAAGCAGUGUUUUCCAUUAGGGCUCUUAAUUGCAAGUGACAGAAACCCUAUCCAGACUGACUUAAUAAUAAAAAGAAAGUUUAUUGACGGAUGUGGUUGAAACACC